GUUUAUUGCCGGCUGGGAAGAAGCGCUCGGUGCGCGCGCCCGCCCGCUGUGGAGCUGGUCCCUGGCGCGGAGCAGGCGAGUCCUCCUCCUCCCGCUCCCCCGCCCCUUCUCCCCGCGCUUUGUUGGUGCCUCUCCCGGGAGAGCGGCGGCGGCUGCGGCCGGCGGCGAUGCCUGAGUUCCUGGCGGAUCCGUCGGUGCUGACCAAGGAGAAGCUGAAGAGCGAGCUGAUCGCUAACAAUGUGAGCCUCCCGGGCGGCGAGCAGCGCAAGGACGUGUACGUGCAGCUCUACCUGCAGCACCUCACCGCCCGCAACCCGCCCGCCCUCGCGCAGCCCGACUUUUCCAGCGACGAGGAGCGGGAGCCCACACCUCUCGGUGCCCGGGGCCGCGGCGCUGCCGCCGCCGGGCGGAAAGCUACAAAGAAAACUGACAAACCCAGACCAGAGGAGAAGGAUGACCUAGAUAUAACAGAGAUGAGUAAUGAAGACCUCCAAGAGCAACUUAUGAAGUAUGGAGUAAAUCCUGGCCCGAUUGUAGCUACUACUAGGAAACUUUAUGAGAAAAAGCUUUUGAAACUGAUGGAACAAGGUCCUGACCUGAAGGCACCUGUGCCUCUCCCAGAGAUUUCAACUACUGAGAACACCAGGCAGAAUGGAAACAAUGAUUCUGACCAGUACAGUGACAAUGAAGAAGAUCCGAAGACUGAGCUGAGGCUUGAGAAGAGAGAACCUCUGAAAGCCAGGACGAAGACGCCAGUACCACUCAAACAAAAAAGAGUUGUUGAACACAACCAGACCGUUUCUCAAGAUGGAGUUACUGAGACUGUCUGGACAAGUGGAUCUUCAAAAAGUGGACCUCUGCAGGCAUUUUCUAGGGAGUCUACAAGAGGGUCAAGAAGAACACCAAGAAAAAGGGUGAUGAGAGGCUUUUAUAAUAGACAAGCUUUUUUUUUUUCUCUCACUCUUGGGGUCCCAGUGGCUCUUUUAUUCAAUUGUUGUCUUUUGUUUGUUUUAAACAAACAGGUGGAAGCUACAGCACAGUUGCCUGUAGAUGAUGCUGUAAUAUCAGAGAGUACUACCAUAAAUGAAACUAUAUUGGCUGCAAGCAACGAGACCCUAGUUGGCAAUAGGGUGCCUGGAAAUUUCAAGCAUGCAGCUCCUACACUGUCAGUCAGUGAACUCUCAGACAUGCCCAGAAGAACACCAAAGAAACCACUGGUGACAGCUGAAGUGAUGGAGCGAACUACAGAAGAAAGAAAAGUAGAAAGGGAUAUUCUCAAAGAACUGUUCCCUUAUGAAGUAUCGACACCUACAGGAAUUAGUGCUAGUUGCCGUAGACCAAUCAAAGGAGCUGCAAGCCGGCCUCUAGAGCACAGUGACUUCAUACUGGAGGAAAGUUACUCUAAGUAUGCACAAAAAUAUGGUACCUCGACUGACAUCAAGUCAGAGAAACCACCAAUAAAAAAAGAGCGCCCAGUUUCCCUGUGGAUAAAAGUUCUUCUCUUUGUUGCUGUUUCAGUCUUCAUGUUUUUGGUUUAUCAGUCAAUGGAAACUAAUCAAGGAAAUCCUUUUUCUAGAUACCUGAAAAUGGUCACUCCGGGCAGUGCCGAAUGAAUAUCUUUCUGAAAGGCACACCCAAUUUGAUCUCCUGUUUUUUAAUUGUAGAGAACACUUCUGCCCUCUCAUCGGCUCAAGGACUUCUUCCAAAUAAUGUGAUUGGAACCUGAUAAAUUGGAUAAAUGAAGAAAGAUUAAAUGGACAUCGGUAACUUUCUGGACUUUGGACAAGUAGGAGAUCACUGCCAUAGGAGUAACAUUUUUUUAAAAUCUUUGAACUUUUUGUAGGCUUUAUUUUUUUAAUGUGGACAUCCUUUAAAUUCACUUUUGAGAAAAUGUAUAUUUGUUUUUGCAAGAACUUGGAAGCUGAGAAGGGCAAAAAUGUAGUAAAAUGUGAAGCUGUGUUUUUAAAGCUUUUCCUUUGUACAGAAAAGAAGUUGUACUUCUGGCUCUAGAUUAUAGCGGAGAAGGAUUUUAACGUGGGAUAAAGGGAAAUGCAUUUCUUUAUGCAUUUUUUCAGUAACAACAUAACUGAAUUUGAUCUUGGGAUGUACAGAGAGUACAACAGCAACCUUUUCUGUAGAUUACUGUAACUUUUUAGUAAAUGUAACUGUAAACCUGUUUGCAUUUCUGUAAAAGUCUUAGUAUCAUAUUAGUAACUCUGUUUAAGUGUAACUUCAUUUAAAUGUAUCCCUUCAUUUUAGUGCUUACAGUGUUGUAGGAGCUGAAUACAAAUCUAAUUGGCAAGAGAUGUCUUAGAGGAACUUAUUUAUUAGUAAUAUGUGUGGGGAAAUAAAAACUACAUCAUAAUAAUUUGCUACUAAAAUACUUUUUUGGGUCAAGAUUGAUAUCUGAGGCAGUCUAAAUUCCAACCUUAGCAGUGGUCUUUUUUUCUUUUUUUAAAAAAGCGAGGUCUUUCCAACACAGCUUUAUGUGAUUAUCUUUAAAUAUUCAUGUAGAAAAGUAUUCUCAAAGUGUGAAAAUUCCAUAUGAAGUUUUAUUCUUGUAUGAAGAGGGCAUUGCUGCAUUUUCUGCUACAGUUUCAUCUUUUUAGGUGAUAUUUACUACUUUCAUGCCAUUGACUAUUUUUCUCAGUGGAAGCAUGCUGAUACACUCUCUGUUGUGUAACUUGGUUAAGCAGGCAGCUGACUUCACUACUACCAAUGAAGAGUGAUAAGCAAAAAUUUUUUUAAAGUGAAUGUAUACAUUUUUGGUGUGCUUAAAUCUGCAGCAUACAGAUGUUCAGUCUUAUUGCUUGGUACAAAAUUGCAAUAAAUCAUACUACUUAUUCUUAAAGUGCUACUUAUAAAAAGCUGAGAAUAUUAGUUAAUAGUCAAUAUCUUUUUACUCUAGGUACAAUUAUUGUGUAGACUAUAGCUAUGGGGAAGCUUUACUUUCUGUGAACUUUGGGACAAACAUGGUAAUUUGUAGCAAAGCAAUAGUUUUGGGGUUUUUUUCCUGUUUAAUGUUUUUUUUCCUUCUAAACUGCUUUUUUGAGUAAUCCAAAUAGCUAAAGUUGUGUCCAUCCUAUAGGGAAUUGUAACAUAAGACAUUCACUUUUGGUGUCAAAAAUGGAGAAAAAUAAAAAUGAUUUUAAUGUGUGUGGAUUUUCCUUAUCAAAAUAAAUGCAUUGCUGAAAGGCAGCAAAAGCAAGACAA